ACCAAAAUCAAAAAUUAAAAAAGUUUCCCAAUUUGUGUUAUGUGCUGCUCAAAGACAGCCUUUCAACCAAAGUCCAAAGUGUCUCUCUUUUCUUCUUCUUCUUCCUAAAUUUCUCUUCUUUAUCGAAAUUUUUUCAUCAGUUUUAUAAAUUUGGAUCUCUUCUUCUUCUUCAGAACGGCUGAUCUUUUGUUAUAAGCCAUCGUUAUAGUAAAAAAAUAUUUAAAAAUUUGAUUUUUAUUUUUCCUUGCUUGCUUGGCGCGUUGGUUUUGUGCAUUUUAGCAACUGGGAUUUGAAAAUCUUCCACGAGAGCUGAUUUGGGUUUUUGUUGAUUUGCCCUGUUUCUGGGUUUUGUAAUUGGGUUGGUGAGCAAAUCCUGUAAAGGUGUUCGAUGAUUUUCCUCAGAGAAGAGUUUUGAGUUUAUUCUCUUUUAGAGAGAUUAUUGUUUGUGGGGGAAAUUGAAAAGGACAUGGCUGGUGAUGAAGAUUGUGUAGAACUCAAGUUUAGACUCGCGGAUGGUACAGAUAUAGGUCCGAGCAAGUAUGAUCAAUCCAUGACUGUUUCUUCUCUUAAAGAGAAAAUCAUUUCUCAAUGGCCUCAAGACAAAGAGUAUACUCCAAAAACUAUAAAUGAUGUGAAGCUUAUCAAUGCCGGGAAAAUACUGGAGAACAAUAGGACUCUUGCGGAAUCCAAGCUUCCGGUUGGGGAACUUCCUGGAGUGGUCAUCACUAUGCAUGUUGUUCUUCGCCCUCCUUCGCUAGACAAAAAGACCGACAAACUGCAGAAUGAUCCACCAAUGAAGAAUCGUUGUAUGUGCACGAUUUUGUAGCUGCAAAGUAAACUGGAUCAUAGAGAAUUAUAUCCUUCAUGGAGCAUUGGAUGAUUGCUCCAUGGAACAGCUUCCAUAGCUUCAAACAAGCUUUGAGGAGUUCCUUCAGUACAAAAUGAUUGGUAUAGACAUGAAAACAAAUGAUCUUCAUUAUAGAAUUUGGUUCCAUGUGUGUGGUUUGUUAAUUUAUUUUUCAUUUUUUUUCUAUCAAAAAUGGCUCCCACAAAAUGUACAACUAUUCUUGAAAGAUGGUUUUUCUUAUAAUACUGUUGGAAGUGAUUUGUUUUUACUUU